GACGACCGCGGAGCAGCAGUCUCGGCGCGACGUGGAAGGAUGGAGGCGGCGGUGCACUAGGCCUCGUCUGGGGCUGCCGCCCGGGACCGCAGUCGAGUGGUGAUUUUAUGCAAUGGCUUCAAGCCACAGUUCUUCUCCAGUGCCUCAAGGAAGCAGCAGUGAUGUUUUCUUUAAAAAAGAGGUAGAUCCGACAAAGCACGUCCGACCUGUGCAGUCACUGCCAGACGUGUGUCCCAAGGAGCCCACAGGUGAUUCACAUAGUUUAUGUGUUGCCCCAUCUCUAGUUACAGAUCAACAUAGAUGGACUGUGUAUCAUUCCAAAGUAAAUCUCCCAGCAGCAUUAAAUGAUCCUACGUUAGCAAAAAGAGAAUCGGACUUCUUCACAAAAACUUGGGGAUUGGACUUUGUGGACACUGAAGUCAUACCUUCACUCUACCUCCCACAGAUCAGCAAGGAGCAUUUUAUAGCAUAUCAGCAGGAGAUCUCUCAGAGAGAGAAGAUUCAUGAGAGAUGCAAGAAUAUUUGUCCUCCUAAAGAUACCUUUGACAGGACUCUUUUACAUAUUCAUGAUAAAUCCAGGACAGAUCUGGAGCAAGUACCUAAGAUUUUUAUGAAACCAGAUUUUGCCUUGGAUGAUUCUUUAACUUUUAAUUCAGUUUUACCAUGGUCUCAUUUUAAUACUGCUGGUGGAAAAGGAAAUCGUGAUGCAGCUUCUUCCAAGUUGCUUCAAGAAAAGCUGAGCCACUAUCUGGACAUUGUGGAGGUCAACAUCGCUCACCAGAUCUCUCUGCGCUCAGAAGCAUUUUUUCAUGCAAUGACCUCUCAACACGAGUUGCAGGACUACCUCAAGAAAACUUCCCAGGCUGUAAAGAUGCUUCGAGAUAAAAUUGCACAGAUUGAUAAAGUUAUGUGUGAAGGAUCACUACAGAUUUUAAGACUGGCACUUACCAGAAAUAAUUGUGUUAAAGUAUACAAUAAACUGAAGUUGAUGGCCACUGUACACCAAACUCAGCCCACAGUGCAGGUACUGCUGUCCACUUCCGAGUUUGUCGGCGCGCUGGACUUAAUAGCAACGACUCAAGAGGUUCUGCAGCAGGAGCUGCAGGGCGUUCACAGCUUCCGGCAUUUGGGAUCACAGCUUUGUGAAUUAGAAAAGCUGAUUGAUAAAAUGAUGAUUGCAGAGUUUUCUACGUAUUCUCAUAGUGACUUAAAUAGACCGCUGGAAGGGGAAUGCCAAGUUUUAGAAGAGGAAAGAUUAGUAUCUCUAGUGUUUGGGCUUUUGAAACAAAGAAAACUUAAUUUUUUAGAAAUCUAUGGUGAAGAAAUGAUUAUUACGGCAAAGAACAUCAUUAAAGAGUGUGUGAUUAAUAAAGUUGCACAAGUAGAAGAAAUAGACACAGAUGCUGUUGUGAAGCUUGCAGAUCAAAUGAGAAUGCUGAAUUUUCCCCAGUGGAUUGAUCUGUUAAAGGAUAUUUUCUCUAAGUUUACAAUUUUCCUACAGAGAGUUAAGGCAACACUGAAUGUCAUCCACAGUGUUGUUCUCUCAGUUCUUGACAAAAACCAAAGGACUAGAGAAUUGGAGGAGGUCUCACAGCAGAGGAGUGCUGGGAAGGACAACUCCUUGGACACAGAGGUGGCUUACCUGACGCACGAAGGCCUGUUCAUAAGUGACGCUUUCAGUGAGGCUGAGCCAGUGUCUGCGGCGGUCGAUACUACCUCUCAGAGAAACACGUCUCCACACAGCGAGCCCUGCAGCAGCGAUUCGGUAUCCGAACCAGAAUGUACUACUGAUUCCUCAUCCAGCAAGGAGCAGACACCAGCGUCUGCCACUCCGGGAGGUGUAGACAUCAUAGUCAGUGAAGACAUGAGAUUAACUGACUUGGAGCUUGGAAAAUUAGCAAGUAACAUCCAGGAAUUAUUGUGUAAUGCUUCUGACGUAUGCCACGAUCGAGCUGUCAAAUUUCUCAUGUCAAGAGCAAAGGAUGGUUUUCUUGAAAAGCUGAACUCCACGGAGUUCAUAGCACUGUCGAGAUUAAUGGAGACGUUCAUCGUGGACACUGAGCAGAUCUGUGGGAGAAAGAGCACCUCACUGCUUGGCGCCCUUCAGAGCCAAGCAAACAAGUUCGUGAACAGGUUUCACGAGGAGAGGCGGACCAAGCUCAGCCUCCUUUUAGACAAUGAGCGUUGGAAGCAGGCUGAUGUUCCCGCAGAAUUUCAGGAUCUAGUUGAUUCCAUAGCAGAUGGAAAGAUCGCUUUACCUGAUAAAAAGCCAGCAGCUGCAGAAGACAGGAAGCCGGCCGAUGUUCUUGUCGUCGAGGGGCACCAGUACGCUGUCGUCGGAACUGUCUUGCUGCUAAUAAGAAUCAUCCUUGAAUAUUGCCAGUGUGUGGAUAACAUCCCCUCUGUCACUACUGACAUGCUCACUCGUCUGACGGACUUGCUGAAGUACUUCAAUUCAAGAAGUUGCCAGUUAGUUCUUGGAGCUGGUGCUUUGCAAGUUGUUGGACUAAAAACAAUUACUACAAAAAACUUGGCCCUCUCUUCACGGUGUUUGCAGCUGAUUGUGCACUACAUUCCUGUGAUCCGGGCUCACUUUGAGGCCCGGCUGCCCCCCAAGCAGUGGAGCCUGCUCAGGCAUUUCGAUCACAUCACCAAGGAUUACCAUGACCAUAUAGAUGAGAUAUCAUCUAAGCUUGUAGCCAUAAUGGAUAGCCUAUUUGAUAAGCUGUUAUCAAAGUAUGAGGUGAAAGCUCCUGUUCCUUCCCCAUGUUUCAGGAAUAUUUGUAAGCAAAUGACAAAAAUGCAUGAAGCUAUAUUUGAUCUUCUUCCCGAAGAACAGACGCAGAUGUUAUUUUUAAGAAUUAAUGCAAGUUACAAAUUCCACUUGAAAAAACAGUUAUCACACUUAAAUGUAAUAAAUGAUGGAGGACCUCAAAAUGGGUUGGUCACAGCAGACGUAGCUUUUUACACUGGAAAUCUUCAAGCCUUAAAAGGCCUUAAAGAUCUGGAUCUAAAUAUGGCCGAGAUCUGGGAACAGAAGAGGUGAUGACAGACUGGAGACCUGGGUCGUUCAUGUGACCAUGGGAUGUUUCUGAAGAAAAUCUGGAUACCUGGUGUGCUAGGAACUGAACCUAGGACCCAAAGUGAACUAAGGCGCGGGGAAGGGAAGAGAAGAUCAGUGUUGGGAACUGGAUUCAGUGGGAUCUACAGAGAAUGCCCUUCUGUGCAUCCUUCAGGAAGGAGUAGCUGAUCAGGUGUCUACCACAUUUUUCAUUCUCUCUGGAAACAGACUCAGGUUUCUUUGGACCAAAUCCAAAAGAACACAUAGCUGUAAGACAGCUGCAGUUGCCUAGAAUGCUCCAUAAACUUUAUAUAAAAUGCUCUGCAUUUCUCCCAGUGCAAUGAAAUUCAUAUGGUGUCCCACCUUAUUUAAUGAUGGUACAAUUGAACAUAUUAAAUCUUAGUCAACCUCUGUAGGAAGUUUUCUCUAUGAAAGUAAAGCUAUUUGAAAAAUUAUUUUUUUACAGAUCUUUAUAAAAAAUAAACAUCUUUUGAUUGCUUGGAUUUAGAAAUUCAGUUUUUGUUUUAGUGACCAAUGUCAAGUUUCAGGUUUUGUGUGUUGCAUAUUUAACUUUUUCACUACCACUGUUAUGUCACUGGGUAAAGCCUCAAACUGCUAAAUACAUGGAAGACUGACUAUAAAGAAUAAAGAAUAUUUGCAUUUA